AAAUGCAGAACUGUCGGCUCAGAAAUCUUUCCUCACACGACUUUGUGCUGACUUCCUCGUCCGGCCGCUGCAGGACUCGGAGCUUCUCUUCAGUUUGGUUUUCAGUCCCUCGGCUUCAUGCUCCUCCGUUGUUUCCUCCUUGCGGGAGCUCUGCUCUCAUUGGCUGGACCUCCUCUGGUCGCCAUGGAGACAUGUCCAGCAAUGCCAGGGAUGCCAGGUAUUCCUGGACUUCCCGGUAGAGACGGCCGCGACGGGCAGAAAGGAGAGAAAGGAGAUCCAGGAGCAGAACGGACCGGCAGCCUGGGGCCCCAGAAGGGCCUGAAGGGGGAACCAGGCCUGGCGGGACCGCCUGGCAAACGAGGCCCGUCAGGGGAACCAGGAGAACCGGGCAGCGAAGGGAUUCCUGGGCUUCCAGGAGAUCCAGGAGAAGCUGGGUCGGCUGCGGAUCAGCAGAAGGCGGCCUUCAGUGUGGCCAGAGCAACGUCUGUGUAUCCUGGCAAAAGCAGCACAAUUCGGUUCUCUAAAGUCAUAACGAACAUCCAGAAUGACUUCAACACAGACACGGGACACUUCAGGUGUCGGGUGUCGGGGAUGUACUACUUCGUGUAUCACGCGUCUCUGGAUGAAAAACUCUGCGUGCUGCUGAAGCUCGACAACAACCUGCUGACGUCGUUUUGUGACCUUCGCCGCAAAAAACAGGUGACGUCGGGCGGGCUGGCCGUCUACGUGUCUCAGGGUCAGGAGGUCUGGCUGGAGACCCGGGAGCACAGAGGGAUGACAGGAAGAGGAAACGGCUUCAGCAUCUUCUCUGGGUUUCUGCUGCACCCUUACUGACCUGCAGCAUGAACCUGUUCAGAUUUUACUGAAAACCCAAACAGAUGUUGAGAAUGUUUUUCAGUUUAAUUCAUUUCCUCGGUUGGAUUUUUAUCACUUUUGUGUCACCAGUAAAAGAUUUUCUGCUCAAACCUAAA